UUACCGCCACCUUCCGCUCUGGUUUCUCUUUACUUAACAGAAAAACUGUAAUUCCGCAUUCCUCGUCCGUCACAGUGUUUGAGGCGGGGCUGUCCGCGUCUGCAGGGUGGCAGCUGAAGGACCCCGAGCGUCUGUCUGGCUGAGUUGUUUCUGUCACCGCCGUCUAUUCGGUAAAUCUCCGUCUGGAAUCUCCGGUUCGACGGCUUUUCCCUCUCAGUCGGACAUCAAUCGCGUUUAUUCGCCAUCAUCGCGCGGUAAACACCGUAAACCGGCGCAGCGUGAGUCCGAAUCGGAUCCGGAUCGAGUAUGAGUGCGCUGGAGACUCUGGACCGGCUGGAGCUGUGCGAAAGUCUGCUGACCUGGGUGGUGGAGCUCCAGAAUAAACUCUCCGAGGAGUCCAAGAAGGCCGACAAGAUGGAGUUUGAGUACAAGCGCAUGAAGGAGAAGGUGGACUCUCUGCAGAAGGAGAAGGACCGCAUGAGGACGGAGAGAGACUCGCUGAAGGAGACCAUCGAGGAGCUGAAGUGUGUUAAAGCACAGGAGUCGCAACUCACAGCAGGUCUGGUUCCGCUGGGCAGUAACGAGCCGUCUGAUUCGCUGGCAGCAGAGAUCGUCACACCUGAGAUCCGCGAGCGCAUGAUCCGUCUCCAGCAUGAGAAUAAGAUGCUGAAGCUGGCGCAGGACGGCUCUGAUAACCAGCAGAUCGCUCUCCUGCAGAGUCUCCUGGAGGACGCCAACAGCAGGAAGAGUGAGCUGGAGAUGGAGAACAGGAGGGCUAAUCAGCGUCUGCUGGAGGGUCAGUCUCAGGUGGAGGAGCUGCAGAAGUCUCUCCAGGAGCACGGAUCUAAAGCAGAUGAUAUGGCGGUGAUGAAGAGGAAGUGUCAGGAGCAUCUAGACAAGCUGAGAGACGUCAGUAAUGAGCUGCAGAAGAAGAGCGCCAUGCUGGAGGACCUGGAGAACAAACACACCUGCGGGGCCCAGAAGAUUGAAGAGCUGGAGGAUGCGCUGAAGAAGAAGGACGAGGACAUGAAGCAGAUGGAGGAGCGCUACAAGAAAUACCUGGAGAAGGCCAAGAGCGUCAUUCGUACGCUGGACCCAAAGCAGAAUCAGGGCUCCGCUCCAGAGGUUCAGGCUCUGAAGAACCAGCUGCAGGAGCGCGAGAGGAUGCUGCACUCACUCGAGAAGGAAUACGACAAGACGAAGUCUCAGCGGGACCAGGAGGAGAAGCUCAUCGUGUCUGCCUGGUACAACAUGGGUAUGGCUCUCCAGAAGAAGGCAGCAGAGGACCGUCUGGCCAGCACAGGCUCCGGUCAGUCUUUCCUGGCGCGUCAGAGGCAGGCCACCAGCUCCAGACGGACGUAUCAGCAGACCGCCGCCAGCGACGUCAAAGCAUGAUCUGCAGGGGGCGGGGCUGCAUGACAAGGGGCGGGGCUUGUGACGUUGGGGGCGGGGCUGCAUGCUGCUGAGUUUAACCCAUCGCUGCUCACUAACUAACCCAUCAGCGUGUGUCUGCAGUCCCAGAAUGCUGUCAGAAGUGGGCGGAGCCUGUGCAUGUCAAUCACGGCUGACAGAAGAGCGUAUCCACGGUGACUGUUACACUUUAUAUAGAGAUGAAUGAGUGAGGGCUGGUUGUAGCUGCUCCAGUGUUUCCUGUAGGUCAUGAGCCGAGGCGCUGCUGGACGAGUCGGAGCGGAUCUGUUACCCAUAGUGUUUCUUUGGCUAUUUAUUUGAUGCUGUUUGCUGAUUGUGUUACAGCGAGAUGUAAACCUGCUGCUUGUGUUAAUGUUAAUACCAUAUAAAAGGUGCGAUCGGCGCCCCCUGGUGGUGUUUUUUUGGGGGGGUUUCUCCUGUCUGGACUGAGUUCUGGAGUGUACCGUCUCUCUCAGCCGUCCAUGAGCAGAGAAACACACUCUCACACACACACACACACACACACACACACACACACACACACUUGUUCCACUUGCCAAGUUUUAUAUCGCUUGUCUACACUGUGUACAUGCUGUACGGCGAGCAGCUCGUCACGCGUCGUCAUGCGUCUCCAUGGAAACGCUGCUGAGCAAACCGAGCUUCCGACAUGGCGUAACUGUACAGUUGUUAUUCAAGAUGUAAAUAAAGCUUGUAUAAAACAUCC